GGGCGGGCCUCUCGGCGGAAGAGACGACAGCGGCGGAAACGCGCACAGGCGCAGCUGCGUCCUCUGGCUCCGGGCCCGGCUAGCUUCGCUCCAGAGAUUGCGCGGGCUCAGGGACUAGGCCCGUGGCCACACCCCUCCUUGCGACAAAGACCAAUGGAAGCGGGCGUUGCUGGUCGCUAAGGGAACCCUCGGCGGCAAGAUGGCAGCGGCUGGCGAGGGCACCCCGAGCUCCCGCGGGCCGCGUCGGGACCCGCCUAGGCGGCCGCCCCGGGACGGUAACGACUGCGGGCCACGGGACAGGUUAUGGUGUCUACGUAUACCCAAAUUCCUUCUUUCGAUAUGAAGGAGAAUGGAAAGCAGGGAGGAAGCACGGUCACGGGAAGUUGUUAUUUAAAGAUGGCAGUUAUUACGAAGGGGCGUUUGUGGACGGAGAGAUCAUGGGAGAAGGCCGCCGGCACUGGGCCGGGUCAGGAGACACCUUCUCUGGACAGUUUGUUCUGGGAGAGCCUCAAGGCUACGGCGUCAUGGAGUACAAAGCCGGCGGAUGUUACGAAGGGGAGGUCUCCCACGGCAUGCGGGAAGGACACGGGUUUCUGGUGGACCGGGAUGGACAAGUGUACCAGGGCUCCUUCCAUGACAACAAGAGGCACGGCCCUGGGCAGAUGCUCUUUCAGAACGGUGACAAGUACGACGGCGACUGGGUCCGGGACCGGCGUCAGGGACACGGGGUGCUGCGCGGCGCCGACGGCUCCACCUACGAGGGACAGUGGCACAGCGACGUCUUCAGUGGACUGGGCAGCAUGGCCCACUGCUCAGGGGUCACCUAUUAUGGGUUGUGGAUCAACGGCCACCCAGCAGAACAAGCUACGAGGAUCGUGAUCUUGGGUCCGGAGGUGAUGGAAGUGGCCCAAGGGUCUCCCUUCUCGGUGAACGUUCAGCUGCUGCAGGACCACGGGGAAAUUGCCAAGAGCGAGAGCGGCCGGGUCCUGCAGAUCUCAGCGGGCGUCAGAUACGUGCAGCUGUCGGCCUACUCUGAGGUCAACUUUUUCAAAGUGGACAGAGACAACCAAGAGACACUCAUCCAGACCCCAUUUGGGUUCGAAUGCAUCCCUUAUCCUGUGUCCAGCCCCGCAGCUGGGGUGCCGGGGCCCAGAGCUGCCAAGGGAGGUGCAGAAGCCGACGUGCCCCUGCCCAGGGGAGACCUGGAGCUGCAUUUGGGUGCCCUCCAUGGCCAGGAGGACACCCCUGGUGGCCUGCUUGCCAGGGGACACGCGCCCCAUUGUCCCGGGGCCUGUCAGCGAGUGGAGCAGGGCUGUGCCGAGUUCACAGAUGUCCUCCUGGGGCCGCCCCCGCCUGGGUACCACCCCUUCCUGUUGCUGGACAGCCUCCACAAGAAGGCAGGCGGCAGAUCCAGAGGCGGCCUGCACCCCAGGGGGACACCACCCACCACACAGGAGCCACCUGGAGGCAGCAGGCCUGAGGGGAGAGCCACGGAGGAGCAGGCUGCGGCAGCACACCUAGGUAGGUGGACAGGGCCCAAGUCCAUCGCCGGCUGUGCCACUGUCUGGAGAGGCGAGAGGCCACAGCCCAGGGCUGGAGGUGGGGUUGGGGGAACUCGGCCCGGGGCCCCCAGAGGUAGGUGGCAGUGGGUGGGGGACUGGGGAGCAGCCAGACCCUCCCAGGGACCUGAAUGGGAAGGGGGCUGGUGGCUUGGGGGCUGGGGACGGUCCAGAAAGAUUUGAAGCUGGGCCGACACAGCCCUUGAUGUGGGGAAUGUCCUAGAAAGGAGGAAGCCACGGGGGCAGGGAGCACGGGGGCUCGGAGGCCUUGGGGUCCAAGGGGAGCCAAGGGGAGCCGAGGGGAGCUGUCAAGGCCCACAGUGGCUGAACCAUGAGGAGCUGCUCCCCAGCAAGGCCGGCUGCAGGGCCUGGUGGGCCUGGGCUGGGCGGAAGGCUCCUCCCAGCGUGGGGGCUGCUGUGGGGACAGCAAGGAGGGGUGCAGCGAGGGCCUGAAGAAGGCUCAGGUGCAGACCCUCAGCCGUGGGGCCUCCUCCAGUUGCCCCAGUCCUGGGGCUCAGCCCCACAGCCUGGGCCUGGCAACCCCCCCCAAGCCAGAGGGACCGAAUGCCAGGGCACCUCAGCUACACAAAGGCUCGGACCCCUAGCAGGACCUGGGCGCCGCGGCUGACUGGCUGCCUGACGGAGAACGGAGCCUCUCUGUCACCUGGGCCAACAUGAACGACCCUUCGUCUGGUGUCUCUGGGGUUCUGGCUGGAGAGCCAAAGGCUGGAAGGUCUGGGCCCGCUGCUCACUGGGGUCUGGAUGCCACCGUGGAGCUUGGAGCUGCCUCUGGCGCAGCGCGAGAACAAGCAGAGCCACCCUGGUCGUGGGGACGGCACCCGUGUGGCUGUAGCCAGUGAGGCCUUGGUGACGGGAGGGGCUGGAGUGCCAGGCGGUGUCCCCCGUGGUCCCACAGCAGCCCUCACACCAUCAACCGGGCCACCGCGUCCCGGCCAUCCCAGGAGGGGGCGGGGACAUCUCUGCAGUGACAGGAAUCGGCUAGACGCUGGCAUCUGUGCACAGCCGCUCGGCCAGGGUUUAUGUGCUCAGCGGAGACAGCUCUGGGGGUGAGGAGCGAAGGCAGAUCCGAUUCAGGGGCCACUUGGGGCUAAGCCAUGUAUGUAUGGCCGAGGCCCUAAGUGAGAGCUGGCCCAGGGCUAGAUCACGUGGCCGUCGAGGCCCGGCCUGCCGCACGGUGGCCACCAGCCAGAGCCCUUGCCGCCCACCCUUCCCAUCCGCCGGGACGCCAGCCUCAGGAGUGGGGUCAGAUGGGGCCUGUGGCCGGGCUCCUCAGCCACUGCCCACUGAGCUCUCGGCCCCCCGGCCAGCGCCUUGGCCGCCACUGGUAUAGCUGGAUUCCUGGGAACACCUAGAAACCAGGCUGCUUGGAAACACUGUGGUGUUGCCAUGUGGGGCUCUUCCUCCGCCCACCAGGGAGGCUGUCCCUGGUGCCCGGAGCUGUGGCCCACACCCGCCAGGUUGCAGAACGUGUGUCCCCCUGGCGAGGCCCCCCAGAACCGUGGGUUUUUUUCUAAAGGAACUGACUCGGGGCCAAGCACAUUCCUCCCGGCCCCCGAGGCUCGCUCUUGUCCAGCCCUGGGAACGCACAGGCGGCCGAGCCCUUGGCCUGGCCGGAGGAGGCCGCCGCUCUGCGAGGGGAGCGCUGUUUUCCAGGCCGGCGUCUGGAAUGUUGCUCUGCCUCGCGGUGUGAGCCGACUCCUGCCCCCAUUUCAGCUGCGGCCGCAUUCCUGGUGUGAGCCCGGGCCAGCCGAGGCGCUUUUUCCACGCUCCGGUGCCAGCCCCGGCAGGCUCAGGGGAGGGGAGAGGAUGGUUUCUAUGGCAACCUCACUUUUUGUUAUUUCUUAUUUUCUUUUUUAUGGUUUCUCCAACUUUGAAGCUCUCCAGACAGUUUACAGACUGUGAAAGGAAAAGUACUUUUCCUUCUCUGCCGAGUGCCCCCAGCAGGGCCGCCCUCCAGCCCCACCCGGAGAGCCCCAGCGCGGGUGUGGGGAAGGGGCCAGGGCGGGGGCUUCAAAAGCAAACCAGACACACCAUGCCUUCAGAGGGUUCGUUAUUUUUAAAAACAGUUUAUGGAGGAAAUGAAUUAUUUUUCUCCUAAAAAAGUAGGAAAGUAUUUGCAAAAGAAUCCUUCAGGGACCUGUAGCCAGGUCAGCAGUGGGGGCUUGAGAGCGGCCACCAUGCGAGGGUCGUGUCCAUCCUUGCCAGCCUCCGAGCUGGAGGCCAUAGCUGGGCUGUGGCCUGAGGUCAGAGGUGGUUUCCUUUACCCCAAAUUAGUUUAUUCACCUAUGCUGACCGUGUGUCCAGCCCCCCAGGACCGGUCCGGUGGCCAGUCCUGUGGUUACAGUGCCAAGAAUCCCAGAACCCAGGCAGAGACAACCAGGGUCGGGGGCACAGGGGCCAGCGGGCACAUGAGACAGUGGGCAGUGGGCUGAGGCCAGGGAGGGGAAGGGACAGGAGCCUGCUGAGGACCAGCCCACCCGCCCCUUGCAGGGGAGUACGUGCUCAUGAUCCGCGACGUGACCACCCCGCCGUUCCUGGGGCGCAGGCUGCCCCCCGCCUUCAAACACCUGCGGGUCGUAGCGAAGAGGGCUGGCCAGCCACCCCAUGUCCUGGAAGAAGGCCCUGAAGCCUCAAGCAGCUGGCAGGCCGCCCACAGCUGCACCCCAGAGCCGCCAGCGCCUCGGUGAGGCCCCGUGUCCACAGGAGGCCACCUCGGUGUGAAUGGAAGGAAACGCUGCCUCUGCUUGCGGAACUCUGCUCCCCGAUUCUCCAGAGCCCCGUGGUUGCUGGCUUGAAUAAAAUGCUCAGUGGCGGCUA